GGAUGCUCCAUCUGCUGGUGGCUGACUUCAUUUUUUUUUUCUCCGGGGUGGUGGCCGCUGUUUUGCUCCAUAACUCCCAGUUUAACCCACGAAAGCAUGGGAAUGUUGCGUAGAGAUUUCUGAGUAAACUCGAGUUAAAGUGUGAAACAAGUUACUGUAAGUGUACCAGUUGCUGUUCCGCACCGGUGGGGCUGUGUUGUAGCACCGGAGGCCGAUAGCAGGAGGCUGUUGGAACGUCUCUCCAGCGAGCAGUUCCGGACAAAGGAAAAGGAGACCUGAGCUAACGUUAGCUGGCUCUUCUUGAGCUAACUUAGCAUUCCUUAGCUGCGGCGCGAUGCAGGCCAUAAAGUGUGUUGUUGUCGGGGACGGUGCUGUGGGUAAGACCUGUCUGCUCAUCAGCUACACCACCAAUGCCUUUCCUGGAGAAUACAUCCCCACAGUGUUCGACAACUACUCCGCCAAUGUGAUGGUGGACGGGAAGCCGGUGAACCUGGGCCUUUGGGAUACAGCAGGACAAGAAGAUUAUGACAGACUCCGCCCACUUUCCUACCCUCAGACGGAUGUGUUCCUUAUCUGCUUUUCUCUCGUGAGUCCUGCCUCGUUUGAAAACGUCCGUGCCAAGUGGUAUCCUGAGGUUAGACACCAUUGUCCCAACACUCCCAUCAUCCUUGUGGGCACCAAGUUGGAUCUGAGAGAUGACAAGGACACCACGGAGAAGCUGAAGGAGAAGAAGCUGUCUCCCAUUACCUAUCCUCAAGGCCUGGCCAUGGCCAAGGAGAUCGGUUCUGUCAAGUACCUGGAGUGCUCAGCCCUGACUCAGCGUGGCCUUAAAACUGUGUUCGACGAGGCCAUCCGAGCCGUUCUGUGCCCUCCACCUGUCAAGAAGCGGGGCAAGAAGUGCUCUCUCCUCUAAAACUUCCUGCAGUGGAUUGAUUUUUGUGGAACGUGAGCGUUAGUGGUGAGGGUGGCUAAAGUCACAAGAGAAACACACGAGUAUGCACACCAACCAUCUACACCCGAUCCUGUCCUUCCAUACGUAGUUAGAGCUGUUUCCAUGAAAGGGUAAUGUGGGGUCAGAUCUUUGGACAAUUCUUCACAAACAUGAUUCAGAAUAACACGAGGCCUUCUAAACAGAUUGGAUGAUUUCUAAAGUAGACGGUGAAAUGUCUUCAAUCUACGCUCAUCAUCUGUUGUCCACCUUUUUGUUUGAUUUCAGUAUAUAUUUUGUUUGUUUACAGUCUUGGUUGUUGGUUAGGUGGGAGAAUAUGUUGCCAAAUACUAAUUGCACACAUGCUGUAUUUUAGCCGAGAAGAAAAUCUAUUAUGUGCAGAGUUUGGUCUGACAGUUUGCUGUUAUUUCAGCUCCUCAAUCAACAACUCACAUGUUCACUUCUGUUGCCUGAAUCCACUUUUUGAUUUAUUUUUUUUUGUCAUUCGUUGGUUUUCAGUCCCAAAAUCAUUCAUGCUAGAAUUGCUGAAAAUUCCAUCUUGGAGCGAAUCUACUGACACAGACAGGGCUGUUAAUUCUUUAAAAAUAUAUUAGAUCAGUAUUUUCUACAUUUUAUCCUAUUGAGCUUUUUCAAGUAAACUUUUUUUUUUACUUAAAUAUAUCCCUGGAUGCGUCUCACCUGUGUAGUUGAAAACGGGAUUACUUAUUGGAACAAGUAUCUUCAUAUGUUUGGUGAUGGGGCAACAUGAGCACCUUGAGUUGCUAUGUGGGCAUUUAUCCUUUGUGCAGCACAUUUGAUUAAGUUUCUUUCUGAGCAUCACUACUGGCUAAGUAACAUCCCUACGAGUACCUGCGCCUGCUAACCACGGCUGCUGUCGGCUACGGUGUUGUAUACCUUCUACUCAUCUUUUUGUUAUAAUCAUGAUUUGACGAUUUUGUAUCUUCUCCACAGAAGUUACACACACUCACUGUAUUAACUAACACUAUGAAUAUCCUUUGUUUAUUACCUCUACGGUUAACGCUACCCUAAUCUCCUUACCAGCCUAGCUUUUUGUAAUUAAUGCUGAUAGCGUGUCUGUGCAUCAUAUACUGAAAACUAAGAUUAGAAUCGCUACAGUGAUAUAUUUUUUGCCUAUUUACAAAAAAUUGUAUUUGAAUUAUUAGUUCAGGGGUUAAGUACAUGUUGGUCAUCUGUAUUGUAUUCAGACAUCAAGCUGUGCUUUUAUUCAAGCCAAUGUUGUGACUCUUUAGUUUUAUGGAUUAAAGACUAUUGUCACUUUUUGAAAAAGCCAAUAAAUUCAUGUAAAAAAACA